UCCUGAAAGCAUGUACGAUAUUUUACUUACGGCAUCCUUUUGUUUUUGAUUAGCCACUACGGACACUACUACGCUAUGCAUGAAAAUAUUUUCCAAGUUUCCGGCAUAUACAAGCAAACGAAAUAACAAUUCAAGUGUCACGUUCGAUAAAUGAAAGAACUAAAUAAGCACAGUCUAGCUAUUUGUCGCUGCAUUUUUUCUUAAAUAUGGAAGACGAUGCCCCUGUCAUAUAUGGUCUCGAGUUCCAGGCUCGUGCACUAACAGCCCAGACAGCUGAGACAGAUGCUAUUCGAUUUCUUGUGGGAACACAGUCCCUUAAGUUUGACAACCAGAUACACAUCAUCGACUUUGAUGAUGAAAACAACAUCAUCAAUAAGAAUGUCCUCCUGCACCAAGCCGGGGAGAUAUGGCACAUCGGCACCAGUCCCGCUGAUAAAUGCGUGUUGACGACGUGCUACAACAAAACCUCCGACUGUAAGGUGACGGGCUGUGCAGCCGUGUGGAGGAUGCCUGCUGAAUGGGAAUCAGGCAGUCAUGAAUCCCCGGACGAUUCAUCAAACAGCCCACAGACUCUGGAGCUCCUCUGUCACCUUGACAACACAGCCCACGGCAACAUGGCCUGCGUUCUGUGGGAGCCCAUGGGCGACGGCAAGAGGCUGCUCUCGCUGGCCGAUAAUCACGUUCUGCUGUGGGACCUUCAGGAGAGCUCCAGCAAGGCCGUGAUCUCCAGCUCGGCCACUCUGGAGGGGAAGGGGCAGCUGAAGUUUACGUCAGGAAAGUGGAGCCCUCACCAUAACUGCACACAGCUGGCCACGGCUAACGACACUGCCAUCCGAGGCUGGGACCUCCGCAGUAUGAGUCAGAUCUACUGCAUUGACAACGCUCAUGGGCAGCUGGUGCGAGACCUGGACUUCAAUCCCAACAAGCAGUACUACCUGGCCAGCUGUGGGGAUGAUUGCAAAGUCAAGUUCUGGGAUGUGAGGAACAUUGGCGAACCAGUGAAGACCCUGGAAGAGCACUCCCAUUGGGUGUGGAGCGUCCGCUACAACCACUCUCAUGACCAGCUGCUGCUGACGGGCAGCAGCGAUAGCCGGGUCAUCCUCUCCAACAUGGUGUCCAUCUCCUCCGAGCCCUUCGGCCACAUGGUCGAUGAGGACGAGCUCAGCGACGUGGAGGACAACGGCCAGGAAGAGAAAUGCAAGGAGCCCCUGCAGGACAGCAUCAUCGCCACCUACGAGGAGCACGAGGACAGCGUGUACGCCGUGGAAUGGUCCUCGGCCGACCCCUGGCUCUUCGCCUCGCUCAGCUACGACGGCAGGCUGGUCAUAAACAGGGUGCCCCGCGCUCUCAAAUACCGCAUCCUGCUAUAGGAGCGAGAACAGAACCCACACACCACCUCACCCUCACCUUCACCUUCGCCCCCACACCCCCAACCCGGUCCCCUGCCUGUGUGCUGCUGUUUUAUCUGAUCUACAGGGAUCUGAGGGAGGGAGGAAGGGAGAGAAAAAAAAAAACCAAGCCGGAGCUCCACUGGUGGUGUCUGAUCUGCGGGGAACCUGAGGGAGAAAGGGAGGGAUGCAGAGA